UUUGAGAGCUUGCCUCUUCAGACACUGGGAUCUGCCCCACGUCUGGGGUAUUUACAUCCGAGUGCCCCGUAGUGGGGUUAAAGUGUGGGACUGGGCAAGUGUGAGGAAUCUCUCGGCUGUGACUAAAUAAGGGAGAUUCAGACAGCAGCCGCCUCAGCUGGGGACCGCAGCAGGAGACAGAAGCCCAGGGCAGGACAGCAGAGAGAAGCCGGAGAGAGAGCAGCAUGGAGCGGGGAGAGAGAGAGGCAGAGACCGGUACCAAGGGCAGAUAAUAGCCCGCUGCUUCCUAGGUGGCACUGAGGGUUGCCCAGCCCUGUGGGCAGUGGAUAUCGCUCAUGCUGUGGCCCAUUGCCUAAGCAAUGAACAGGAUCCUGCUCCCCAAGAGGCUCCAACAGACGACCAGCAGCUCAGCUCAACCUGUCCCAGGAUUUGUCAGCGGCUCCUGCUCAGAUCAAGGCUUCACCUAGUGCCGGACAUUCCUGUCUCUCAUCACUUUCUUUGGGAUUCUCUCGCUUAAUCCUGACCAGCUGCUGGAAUUUGGCAUCACUGGCCACAGCUCUGAGAUUUAAGGAUGCCAAUUCGAAGAGGUCAUGUUGCUCCUCAAAAUACAUUCCUCGAUACCAUCAUCCGAAAAUUGGAAGGUCGCAAUCAGAAAUUUGUCAUUGGCAAUGCUCGAGUGGGGAACUGUGCCAUCAUUUUCUGUAACAAUGCUUUCUGUGAAAUGUGUGGAUAUUCGAGAGCGGAGGUGAUGCAGAAACCAGGAACCUGUGACUUCCUCCAUGGACCACGGACCAGGAGAGCUGCAGUUUCUCAGAUAACACAGGCUCUGGGAGGCUGUGAGGAGAGAAAGGUGGAGGUGUCUCUCUACAGGAAAGAUGGGUCGUGUUUCCUUUGUUUGGUGAAUGUUCUUCCAGUGCGAUGUGAGAAUGGUUCUGUGAUCAUGUUCAUCCUGAACUUCGAAGUGAUCUUGGAGAAAGCCUUGUUGGAGUCACUGGACUCUGACUGGAAUGACAAGCUGCCUUCCAAGUGGUUUACUGCAGUUAACCACAGAAGAUGGACUCUCCCCAUGGAAUGCCACAGAAGGAACUUUAAGCUGAGAAUGCCGAACAUUUGCUCACUCAGUGUGGGUAAGUUGUCAUUGCCCCAGCAGGGCCCUGACGUUGGGGUGUUGAACCUGUCAAGACCAAGUACCGAGUCUGUGGCCUUGGAGGAGCAGAGUCAGAUGGAGGAGCUGCUUGCGCUGGAUAGUGAGGAGACUGAGGGUCCUCUGCAUCAUUCUUCACUUAAUCACAGUAAAGACCACCUGAAUCCUGAGCUCUCCGACUCGACCUCCAGCCUCAGUCAGAGUCUGACUCCAUCCAAAGACAGUUUCUACAGUUUCCGUCGUGUCUCCUCACUCGAUGAUGUCGAGGCUGCAAGGGAAGAUUGUGACAGAAGGUUCUGGAGUCGGCACUCCAGCACAGGAGCUGUGAAUCAUGUGAAGGUCACUUCAAACCUGGUGAAUUCCACCUCUGACUCCGACCUGGUGAAAUAUAAAACCAUUGGCAAAAUGCCACAAAUCACACUCAACUUUGUGGAUUUUAAAGCAGAAAAUUUCAUCCUGUCAUCCCCGGGAGAAAAAGAGAUCAUUGCACCGAGUAAAGUAAAGGAGAGGACCCAUAACGUCACUGAGAAGGUUACUCAGGUCCUCUCACUGGGAGCUGACGUUCUGCCUGAAUAUAAACUCCAGGCUCCACGAAUUCACAAAUGGACCAUUCUUCACUACAGUCCCUUCAAGGCAGUGUGGGAUUGGUUGAUCCUGCUCCUGGUUAUUUACACUGCGAUCUUCACUCCAUAUUCUGCUGCCUUCUUGUUGAAUGACCAGGAUGAGGUGAAACGCCGAGACUGUGGCUAUUCCUGCAAUCCCCUGAAUGUUGUGGAUCUGAUUGUGGACAUUAUGUUUAUCAUAGACAUUCUCAUCAACUUCCGGACCACCUAUGUGAACAGUAAUGAUGAAGUGGUCAGCCACCCUGGCAAGAUAGCCAUCCAUUACUUCAAGGGCUGGUUCCUCAUUGAUAUGGUGGCUGCGAUUCCCUUUGAUCUGCUCAUCUUCCGUUCUGGCUCUGAUGAGACGACGACCCUGAUUGGACUAUUGAAGACUGCGCGGCUGCUGCGUUUGGUACGUGUGGCUCGGAAGCUGGACCGUUACUCUGAGUAUGGAGCGGCUGUCCUCUUCCUGCUCAUGUGCACAUUUGCUCUGAUUGCCCAUUGGCUGGCCUGUAUAUGGUACGCUAUUGGCAAUAUGGAGAGAACUUUCCUCCAGCCAAAGAUUGGCUGGCUGAAUUCACUCGGUGACCAGAUUGACAAACCCUACGAGGCAAACGACACUUCAUCAGGCCCGAGCAUCAAGGAUAAGUACGUCACCGCCCUUUACUUCACCUUCAGCAGUUUGACAAGUGUGGGUUUUGGCAAUGUAUCACCCAAUACAAACUCCGAGAAGAUCUUCUCCAUCUGCGUGAUGCUGAUUGGCUCUCUCAUGUAUGCCAGUAUCUUUGGGAAUGUGUCCGCGAUAAUCCAACGCUUAUACUCCGGCACAGCCAGGUACCAUACGCAGAUGCUCCGAGUCCGGGAAUUCAUUCGUUUCCAUCAGAUUCCAAACCCAUUGCGCCAGCGACUGGAGGAGUAUUUCCAACACGCCUGGUCCUACACUAAUGGCAUCGACAUGAAUGCAGUUUUAAAAGGAUUUCCCGAUUGUCUUCAGGCAGAUAUCUGCCUCCACUUGAAUCGGACUCUGCUACAACACUGCAAAGCUUUCAAAGGGGCCACAAAAGGUUGUCUGCGAGCGCUGGCAAUCAAAUUUAAAACCACACACGCCCCUCCCGGUGACACCCUGGUCCAUGCUGGAGACGUUCUCACAGCUCUGUACUUCAUCUCUCGCGGCUCCAUCGAAAUCCUGCGUGCAGAUGUGGUGGUCGCGAUUCUAGGUAAGAACGACAUAUUUGGGGAACCAAUCAACCUGUACGCACGGCCAGGUAAGUCAAAUGCAGACGUGCGAGCGCUGACCUACUGUGACCUUCACAAAAUCCAAAGGGAGGACCUGCUGGAGGUGCUAGACAUGUACCCAGAAUUCUCUGACUAUUUCUGGUCUAACCUGGAGAUCACCUUCAACCUCCGAGAUACAAACAUGAUUGCAGGCCCCUUCUCCAGUGAUGAAUCCGAUGAAGGCUUCAGCCACUCACGGAGGCAUAAGUUAUCAUUCCGGAGACGUACAGAACAUGACGACGUUGAGGAUGAAUCAGUUUCUCACCAUCAGAAAGCCUCACGGAAAGGCAACAAUAUUCACCUGGGGGACCUGCUGGGACAGGGUGAGGACAAAGAGCAGAGUGUGGUCUCCUCUGUGCCUCCGUUAGGUAGCGGAGAGUGUCGGCCACCUGCCUCCAGCAUCAUUGAACUUUCACCGGCCAGAGCCACAGCUGGGAGCACCGACUUCCUCAUCGUCCAUGGAACCAAAUCGGAGACGGAUGGGAAAAGAGGGAAAUCCUGUCACCCAGUCCCAGGAGCCUUUGCCAGUGUUUCUAAUUUCUUCAGUUUUUGGACUGACCCCCAUACCUGCCAGUACCAGGAGAUGCCCCGUCCAGCAGUGCCCACUGACAGCAGCGCUGAAGACCCGGCCUCUGUGUUACCCAGGCAACAUUGGUCAGAUAUUGAUUGUCGCCUGCAACUCCUCCAGAAACAAUUGAACAGGUUGGAAUGUCGAAUGGUGACAGACUUGUCUGCAAUAAUGCAGCUCCUACAGAGGCAGAUGGUGCUGGUCCCACCAGCUUAUAGCACCAUGUCCUCCCCAGGCCCAGCCUCGCAGCCUGGCCAGGACAGCAGCACAGGAACCGGCCCCAUGCAGACCCCACUGGCCGCUCCACUUGCACAGAACUCUGAAAAUCCCCAGCCACAAAUCGUUCAGCUGGAAUCCUAUGAUUCUCUGCUUGCUGAAGAGGACCUGCCAACUGACAUGCUGAGCUGCUACUCUGUGCCACAGGAGUCCGCAGGGGCCCUCACUCACAGAGGAGAAUCGGAAACCGGGAGCCAAGAGUGCCUGUACCCAGCCCAGCUGUGCGCUGCAGAACGACGCUUCUCUCUGCCAGAACAGCUGGACAGACAGAACCCUCAGAGAUACUCAUCCACCCCUGGCAGAUAAUGGAGUGGUCCCUGCCCACUCUCAGACAGAUCACAGCUCAGUUACUGAGCUGGUCAAACAUGAGGCGCAGGAUCUUAAACACUGUCCCUGAGAAAGAACUGUUCCAAUUUACUGUUGGCUGGAGAGGGAAGAUUAAAAAUCCAACAGAACCCCCCCUGCCCUCCACAAGUGACUGUGAAUCAGCAUGUCCGGUUUGUGUGAAGACAUCAGAGAGGAACAACCCCCUGAGGUCCUGCAGCUCAGGAACUCCGUCCAACUCCCCUCUCACAGUGCAUUGCAGCAGGGACUUCUAACAUUGCGUGGGGGACUGAGUGAGGGUUAGCUGGACUAACAGGAACUGCAGUGCAGAGGAAACGACAGCCUGAAUCACAGAAUCACAGAGUUGUUUCACUGCAGAAGGAGGCUAUUCGGCCCAUCAUGUCUGCGCCUCCUCUCUGAAUGAGCAACUCACCUAGUUCCAGAACUGCCACUUGCUUGGGGAAGGCCAGUCUGACGCAGCUGGGGGACUAUCACAUCACACACAUACUUCCUGAGUUUCACUUCCAAACCUUGUCCAGUCACGGCUGAGUGACAGUGAUUAGCAUCACUUCAGCUUUGAGGAGCUGUGUGUGCAGAGCUUGGGAAAGGGGGAGUUUGUAAGGGAAGGACGUGUGGGGAAAGAGUGGGAUCCCACUGAGGGUCUGUAUGCUCGAGACAAUCCAACACACAGUGGAAUCAGGUAAAUGGAUGUGACGAUAUUCAGUUAUAAUAAAUCACAAUGCACAAAAUAAACAGGUGCAUUCUGCCUCCUGCCCUCGUUCACUGUGAACGGACCUAGUGACACACUCGCCCAGUGUUAAUGAGGACUCUGACACACUCGGCCAGUGCUAAUGGGGACUCUGACACACUCGCCCAGUGUCAAUGGGGACUCUGACACAAUCGGCCAGUGCUAAUGGGGACUCUGACACACUCACCCAGUGUUAAUGGGGACUCUGACACACUCGGCCAGUGUCAAUGGGGACUCUGACACACUCGCCCAGUGUUAAUGAGGACUCUGACACACUCGCCCAGUGUCAAUGGGGACUCUGACACACUCGGCCAGUGCUAAUGGGGACUCUGACACACUCGCCCAUUGUUAAUGGGGACUCUGACACACUCGCCCAGUGCUAAUGGGGACUAUGACACACUCGCCCAGUGUUAUUUGGGACUGUGACACACUCGCCCAGUGCUAAUGGGGACUCUGACACACUCACCCAGUGUUAAUGGGGACUCUGACACACUUACUCAGUGUUAAUGGGGACUCUGACACACUCGCCCAGUGUUAAUGGGGACUAUGACACACUCGUCCAGUGUUAAUGGGGACUCUGACACACUCGUCAGUGUUAAUGGGCACUCUGACACACUCGUCAGUGUUAAUGGGGACUCUGACACACUCGCCCAGUGUCAAUGGGGACUCUGACACACUCGCCCAGUGUCAGUGGGGACUCUGACACACUCGCCCAGUGUCAAUGAGGACUCUGACACACCCGCCCAGUGCUAAUGGGGACUCUGACACAUUCGCCCAGUGUUAAUGGGGACUCUGACACACUCGCCCGGUGUUAAUGGGGACUCUGACACACUCGCCCAGUGUUAAUGAGGACUCUGACACACUCGCCCAGUGUUAUUUGGGACUGUGACACACUCGCCCAGUGCUAAUGGGGACUCUGACACACUCACCCAGUGUUAAUGGGGACUCUGACACACUUACUCAGUGUUAAUGGGGACUCUGACACACUCGCCCAGUGUUAAUGGGGACUAUGACACACUCGUCCAGUGUUAAUGGGGACUCUGACACACUCGUCAGUGUUAAUGGGCACUCUGACACACUCGUCAGUGUUAAUGGGCACUCUGACACACUCGCCCAGUGUUAAUGGGGACUCUGACACACUCGUCAGUGUUAAUGGGGACUCUGACACACUCGCCCAGUGUCAAUGGGGACUCUGACACACUCGCCCAGUGUCAAUGGGGACUCUGACACACUUGCCCAGUGUCAAUGAGGACUCUGACACACCCGCCCAUUGCUAAUGGGGACUCUGACACAUUCGCCCAGUGUUAAUGGGGACUCUGACACACUCGCCCAGUGUUAAUGGGCACUCUGACACACUCGCCCAGUGUCAAUGGGGACUCUGACACACUCGCCCAGUGUCAAUGGGGACUCUGACACACCCGCCCAGUGCUAAUGGGGACUCUGACACAUUCGCCCAGUGUUAAUGGGGACUCUGACACACUCGCCCAGUGUUAAUGGGCACUCUGACACACUCGUCCAGUAUUAAUGGGGACUCUGACACACUUGUCCUGUAUCAAUGGGGACUAUGACACACUUGUGGAGUUUUAAUGGGAACUGACACAUUUGUCCAGUGUUAAUGGGGACUCUGACACACUCGCCCAGUGUUAAUGGGGUCUAUGACACACUCGUCCAGUAUUAAUGGGGAUUGUGACACACUCGCUCAGUGUUAAUGGGAACUCUGACACACUCGUCCAGUGUUAAUGGGGACUAUGACACACUCGUCCAGUAUUAAUGAGGACUGUGACACACUCUCCAGUGUUAAUGGGGACUCUGACACACUCGCCCAGUGUUAAUGGGGACUCUGACACACUCGUCCAGUAUUAAUGGGGACUGUGACACACUCGUCUAGUAUUAAUGGGGACUGUGACACACUCUCCCGUGUUAAUGGGGACUAUGACACACUCGCCCUGUGUUAAAGGCUACUCUGACACACUCGCCCAAUGUUUUUGGGGAUUGUGACACUCUCACCCAGUGUUAAUUGGGACUGUGACACACUCAGCCAGACAGCUCACUAGCAACUUUGGAAAGCAACGUUUCAGUAUCUGUGUUGUUUUUGAAUCUGUGCCCCAGUUGUCAGUUUUGGUGUGAAUGUUCUCAAAGCCCUUUAUCUUCCCUAACUACCAAUUAUCUUCAGAGAUUUGUUGUUUUUCAAACUGUUGUCUGAUAAUAAUGGACAAUUAAACUGGGGAGGGAACUGAGUGAGAUUUGGAACAUUUUUAAUGAGAUUGUAGUUUCUGGAAUGUAAGUUAAAAAUGCUUCAAAAGCCAUGGCAGGAACAUGUGACUUGGUGUGGGAGUGAAUCGGAAUCUCCCAAUCCAGCUCAGAUCACACAUCUAUUGGGGAAUGGA